AUGGGGAGCCACCCACCUAUCGACAUUAUCCCCAAGCUGCGAAAGCUCAUGAAAUGCAGCUACUACAACCCUGAUGACCCCAAAGACUUCUACAGCUACGCUCUAAUCCAAGUCGUAUACAACGCCAGCGUGGACGAGUUCUAUUCCAACUCAAAUGCCAGGUACGGCCUCCCCAUCAAAGAUCACAAACGCGCAGGGCUAUUUGCAAGACAUUGGACAAGCGCCUACUCCACAGAGUACAUCGCGUACAAGUACAUCACGACCAUGAUCGGCCCGAGCGCCAAUACCGUCAAGGGCACGAACCGGCUCCGCACUGAUAUCGCGAGAGACAAGCUAGAGCGCCAGGGCCAAGCGACCAUGGUUGCCUAUAUCCCUGUCUUGCUGCCCACGAUCGAGGAACGGUUCAUGUGGAUUGAUCUGACGUUUCCGGUGCGCGGGAUCUUGCUUCCGUUUGUGUACCAGAAGGACAAAAGGGACCCGGGCUACUGCCAGUACCUGCAGUAUGAUUUCCGGCGGCUGAGAGCAACAGUGGCUACUCUGACCCGGAUGUCCUGGGAGGCAGAGAAACCUGCAAAGACGGAAGCGGGAGACGCCGAUAUAGUGGACGAGCCUGGCCUGCCGCCUGCGUAUGUGGAGGACCUCAAGGCGAAGGGCAGGGUCCCUGCUACUUUCAAAAAGGGGCAGAUGGAGCUCCAGAUCAAUCAAGUGCAUGGGUGGUGGCAGCCAGAGUGGACUGCGCGCUUGGACAUCGCCAGGCUUUACUACACGGAGGUUAUCCCCACCGCAGAACUGAAAGAUGACUACAAAACUUGGUACAACGCCGUGUGUCUCUUCAAGUACGACAACGUCCAGGCAAGCAAUAUGGUCCAAAAGACAUUCGGCAGCGACGAGUGGACAUUGGAUGCGCCAGUGCGGGAUGCAAACAUGGCGGCCUCGCACGAAGUCAUUGACCUCGCCAAGUUGCUUUCAGAUGAAAACGGGACCAGCUUCGACUACAAGAGGAACUCCGAUGCUGACGGGGAUCUGGCAGCGAAGCUCGUGGAAGGGUUUGCCACGUUCACCACGGGCAUGAUACCUAUCGUUGGGCCGCUCGCUACAUGGGGCUGGACCGCGAUGGUCAGUGCGAUUAAAGACCCCAAGAAGUUCGUCGAGGACAACUUCGGGCCACAGAAGUCAGGCGAACUCCUUGUGACGCUUCUGUCCACCGUGAAGAAUAUCACUCCGGCCUUCAAACAGGUCCCUACCCCGAACUCAACCAUGGCGGCUGCUCCUCCGAAAGUAACGCUCAAGGAUGGCCAGCGCAGGUCUCCCACGCAGCCAGUCAUUCAAUAUGGCGGCGAUGGUGGCAAUCCCUUCUAUGCGUACCCGCCCAACACCACAACGCUACGCCAGCUUACAGUGUUUACGUCGCAGGCAGGAAGCUCGCCGACAAUCAUAAAAGCCAUCAGCUUCGCCUGGUACGGAUUCGAAGCACAAGCAGAGGCGCCGCAGACGUCUUCGGCCGGCGAAAGACUCGUAUCUGGCAUGUUCGACGCGAUCGAAGAAACUCUGGGAAUUCAAGAAAAUACCAAACCGGCAGAAGAAGUGUAUGGAGCCCACUGGGAUGUUGCCCGGUUCCUCCCCUCACAAACCUUCACCUUUGAGCCUGGAGAAAUGGUCAACUGGCUAACCAUUCGCGCUGCUGGCCGUGUCGACCGCAUCGAAUUCGAGACCAACAACGGUCGUCAUUUCGUCGCUGGCGGUACUGGCGGCACCGAAUAUAAACUGGGAAGCGGGUUCAUUAUCGGUGCAGAAGGGAGAGCAGCCGGUGAUCUGGAUAAACUAGGGCUGGCAAUCAGUGAUAUCGACUUCUACCAAGGUGAAGAGUAUAUGUAG